GAGAGCAGGUACAUCACCGACUGCAUCAACUGUCAGUUGCUUUUUUCCAUUUCCCGAUCCAUGCGCUCUAACCAGAGUCCCAGGGGAACUGUCAGGUGGGAUGGAUUUUAUAGUAGUGACACUGUCCGUGUUCAUAGUGAUCAUCUCUACGUGUCUACUGUGUUCUAAGAGAAACCCGAACUCCCCUCCGUGCAUAAGAGGAUGGAUCCCUUGGUUCGGUGCAGCUUUCGAGUUCGGCAAAGCACCACUGGAUUUCAUAGCCCAAGCUAGGCUCAAGUAUGGACCAGUCUUCACCAUCUUUGCUGCUGGGAAGCGCCUGACCUUUGUGACUCAGCAUGAAGACUUUCAUACAUUUUUCAUGUCAAAAGAUGUGGACUUUGAGCAGGCAGUGCAAGAGCCCGUCCAUAACACAGCAUCCAUCAGCAAGGAGAGCUUCUAUAAGUUCCAUCCUGCCUGUAAUUCUCUGAUCAAGGGCAGGCUGACCCAGGCUAACUUGUCCCUAUUGUCCAGCAACUUGUGUGAGGAGUUCAACUACCAUCUGGAGCUGCUGGGAUGCAAGGGGUCAGGGGGACUGAGUGACCUUGUCAGGAGUGUCAUGUACCCAGCGGUGAUGAGCAAUCUUCUUGGGAAAUGCAACUCGCCACCCUGCCCCGCCACAGUACAGGAGUUCAAGGAGAAAUUUCGCAUUUAUGACGAGGGCUUUGAGUAUGGAUCCCAACUGCCUGACAUUUUCCUGCGGGAUUGGGCAAAAUCAAAGCAAUGGCUCCUUUCCCUUUUGGGUAACAUGAUCAUCAAAGCAGAAGGGAACAAGCCCACAGAGGCUGGCACCAAGACAUUGCUUCAACAUCUUGUUACCACAAUAACAGAUAAAUUCCUGCCCAAUUAUGGACUACUGAUGCUAUGGGCAUCACUUGCCAACGCAAUACCUAUUACCUUUUGGGCAAUCGCCUUCAUUCUGUCCAAUCCUUCAGUGUACCAGACAGCCAUGGAGCAGAUCACCACAGUGCUCAAGAAUCAAGACACGGCGCGAACACCUGUGACGGCGGCGGACCUGCAGCAGCUGUCCUAUGUGAAGUGGUGCAUCCUGGAAACUAUUCGUCUCCGAGCCCCGGGGGCCAUCACCCGCAGAGUGGUCCGGCCACUCAAGAUGCAGAACUACAUCAUUCCACCAGGGGACCUGUUGAUGUUGUCCCCUUUCUGGGCUCACCGGAACCCCCAGUACUUCCCAGAUCCAGAGAAGUUCAAGCCUGAACGAUGGGAGAAGGCAGAUUUAGUAAAGAAUGUCUUCUUGGAAGGGUUCGUGGCAUUUGGAGGCGGCCGAAACCAGUGCCCAGGAAGGUGGUAUGCCUUGAUGGAGAUCCAUAUGUUUGUUUCCUUAAUUCUCUACAAGUAUGAGUUCACCCUUCUGGAUCCACUCCCUAACCCAAGCUCACUUCACCUGGUUGGGACACAGCAACCAGACGGUCCCUGCAGAGUACAGUACAGACACAGGUAGUCUGCCACAGCCAGAGGGAGGUGCUAAGCAUUCCAUCACCUGUGAUGAUCAUUUGAUCACAUCACCCCAGAUGUUGCCCCUAACGCCCUCGUCACUAAAACCUCUUUCUCUUUAUCACCUCUCCUGUCACGUCGUCUAUGAACAUUCCAAGAACCUGGGGAAACAACGAAAGCACUUAUGAUCUCAUUUUCAAACUCUUUUUAUUUAGGAUAUAUAUGAAAAUCUGAUUUUUAUUUGUAUUAGUAUUUGUAGGUUUGUAUACACUGUGAUUAAUUAUAAUUCAGCAUUCACUGAACAAGAACACAGAAGUUCUGUUGGACAUCAAGCAGACACAUUCAGAACCAUUUGAACAUGCUAUUGAGGUUAGUACCGAUUUAAGAGCAGUAUUAUGAAAAAUCUCACAAUACGCACAUUUACAUUUCAGUUUGUCACUCAGCAGAUACCCUUAUCCAGAGUGACUCAAAGUAAGAGUGUAAAAAUGUAUUCGAUAAAGUUGCAGGCACAGUGUUACAUAUAGAACAUGAUGGCUCAUAUCCAAACAGGUGUUACAUGUCACAUGUGCUGUGAUAUCUAGUGCAAUGGUAAAGUAGUUCAGUGCUACUGUAAUACACAAGUGCAAUACAACACAUCCUACAGCAUUGCAGAGAAUACACAAGUGAAGGAAAGAUGUGAAUUAUGAUUGGGCAGGACAGUCUAAACGCAGUCUAAAGUGGUGGGUCUUCAGUAUGCGAUGGAAGAGAUGGCCCAUAUUGCAGAGAUACAGGUCACUUGUAAUGCUUUGAGCUUUGCUUUCAUGUUGAAUGCCCUGGUUUUCUCUUCCAUCUGUCUUUUUUCAUCACUUUUGACCAAUACAGAUGUAGUU